CAUCGGGAUUAUCACCAGAUUACGAAGCUCCUCCUCGAAAGAAAAGCUCAUCCUAAUGCAGUAGACAAAGAGGGCAAAACUCCGCUAAUGGAGGCAGCAAAAAAGGGUGAUGCGCAAUCCAUUGAACUCCUCUUACAACAUGGCGCGGACAUCAAUCAUAGGGACAACUACCAUAGGACUGCGCUCCAUUAUACUCCUUUUUGGGGUUAUCUCCAGAUUACGAAGCUCCUCCUCGAAAGCAAAGCUCAUCCUAAUGCAGUAGACAAAAGGGGAAGAACUCCGCUAAUGGAGGCAGCAGAGAAUGGUGAUGCGCAAACCACGGAGCUCCUCUUACGUCAUGGCGCCGAUAUCAAUCUAAGGGACAACGACCACAGGACUGCGCUCCAUUAUGCUCCUCUUCGGCAUCACCAGAUUACGAAGCUCCUUCUCGAAAGCAAAGCUGAUCCUAAUGCAGUAGACAAAGAGGGCAGAACUCCGCUAAUGGAUGCAGCACAAAAGGGUGAUGCGCAAUCCAUUGAGCUCCUCUUACAACAUGGCGCCGACAUCAAUCAAAGGAACAACUACCACAGGACUGCUCUUUAUUAUGCUACUCUGUUUGGUCAUCGCCAGAUUACAAAGCUCCUCCUCGAAAGCAAAGCUGAUCCCAAUGCAGUAGACAAAGAGGGCACAACUCCGCUAAUGGAGGCAGCACAAAAGGGUGAUGCGCAAACCUUUGAGCUCCUCUUACAACAUGGAGGCGACAUCAAUCAAAGGGACAACGACCACAGGACUGUGCUCCAUUAUGCUCCUCUUCGGGAUCAGCAGAUUACGAAGCUCCUCUUCGAAAGAAAAGCUGAUCCUAAUGCAGUAGACAAAGAAGGCAAAACUCCCCUAAUGAUGGCAGCAGAGAAGGGUGAUGCGCAAUCCACGGAGCUCCUCUUACGACAUGGCGCCGACAUCAAUCAAAGGGACAACGACCACAGGACAGCGCUCCAUUAUGCCCCUUUUCGGGGUCAUAUCCAGAUUACAAAGCUCCUCCUCGAAAGCAAAGCUGACCCUAAUGCAAUAGACAAAAAGGGAAGAACUCCGCUAAUGGAGGCAGCACAAAAGGGUGAUGCGCAAUCCAUUGAUCUCCUCUUACAACAUGGCGCCGACAUCAAUCAAAGGAACAACGACCACAGGACUGCUCUCUAUUAUGCUACUCAGUUUGGUCAUUGCCAGAUUACAAAGUUCCUCCUCGAAUGCAAAGCUGACCCUAAUGCAGGAGCAGUAGACAAAGAAGGCAAAACUCCCCUAAUGAUGGCAGCAGAGAAGGGUGAUGCGCAAACCACGGAGCUCCUCUUACAACAUGGCGCCGACAUCAAUCAAAGGGACAACGACCACAGGACUGCGCUCCAUUAUGCUCCUCAUCGGGAUUAUCACCAGAUUACGAAGCUCCUCCUCGAAAGCAAAGCUGAUCCUUAUGCAGUAGACAAAAAAGGCAGAACACCGUUAAUGGAGGCAGCACAAAAGGGUGAUGCGCAAUCCAUUGAGCUCCUCUUACAACAUGGCGUCGACAUCAAUCAAAGGGACAACGACCACAGGACUGCGCUCCAUUAUGCUCCUCAUCGAGAUUAUCCCCAGAUUACGAAGCUCCUCCUCGAAAGAAAGGCUCAUCCUAAUGCAGUAGACAAAAAGGGCAAAACUCCGCUAAUGAAGGCAGCAGAGAAUGGUGAUGCGCAAUCCACGGAGCUCCUCUUACAACAUGGCGCGGACAUCAAUCAAAGGGACAACGACCACAGGACUGCGCUCCAUUAUGCUCCUCAUCCAAUUUAUCCCCAGAUUACGAAGCUCCUCCUCGAAGGAAAGGCUCAUCCUAAUGCAGUAGACAAAAAGGGAAGAACUCCGCUAAUGAAGGCAGCAGAGAAUAGUGAUGCGCGAUCCACGGAGCUCCUCUUACAACAAGGUGCCGACGUCAAUCUAAGGGACAACGACCACAGGACAGCGCUCCAUUAUGCUCCCCUUCGGCAUCAUCACCUGAUAACGAAGCUCCUCCUCGAAAUAAAAGCUGAUCGUAAUGCAGUAGACAAAGAGGGCAGAACUCCCGUAAUGGAGGCAGCACAAAAGGAUGAUGCGCAAUCCUCGGAGCUCGUCUUACAACAUGGCGCCGACAUCAAUCAAUGGAACAGUAAACUCUGGUCUGCUGUCUUAUGUACUACUCAGGGGGGUCAUCCCCAGAUUACAAAGUUCCUCCUGGAAAGCAAAGCUGACCCUAAUGCAGUAGACAAAAAUGGAAGAACUCCGCUAAUGGAGGCAGCAGAGAAUGGUGAUGCGCAAUCCACGGAGCUCCUCUUACGACAUGGCGCCGACAUCAAUCAAAGGGACAACGACCACAGGACUGCGCUCCAUUAUGCUCCUCUCCGGCAUCAUCACCAGAUUACGAAGCUCCUCCUCGAAAGCAAAGCUGAUUCUAAUGCAGUAGACAAAGAGGGCAGAACUCCUGUAAUGGAGGCAGCACAAAAGGAUGAUGCGAAACCCUCGGAGCUCCCCUUACUAUAUGGCGCCGACAUCAAUCAAUGGCAAUACUACCUCUGGAUUGCUCUCUAUUGUCCUACUGAGUGGGAUCAUCCCCAGAUUACAAAGUUCCUCCUCGAAAGCAAUGCUGACCCUAAUGCAGUAGACAAAAAUGGAAGAACUCCACUAUUGGAGGCAGCAGAGAAUGGUGAUGUUCUAUCCACGAAGCUCCUCUUACAACAAGGCGCAAACAUCAAUCAAAGGGACAACGACCACAGGACUGCUCUCUAUUAUGCUAUUCAGUUUGGUCAUCACCAGAUUAGAGAGCUCCUCGUAAGCGAGGCUGAUCGUAAUGCAGUAGACAAAGGGGCAGAACUCUGCUAA